UUCAUGUCGAGAACCUCACAUGAAAAGAGCGUUCCUUUAGAAUCGCUAGCAGAAAGAACACGAAUCUCAAAUCUCUCUCUCUCUCUCUCUCUCUCUCUUCCUGCACCAAUCAAACCCUAAAAAUUGGUGUUCUUGCUUGGUUUUUAUUGCUUUUUCCCGGAUUUGUUUAGAAUUGGGUUUUGAUCCUUGUUACAAAGAAAGGAGCUAGGAUUUUUGAGAUUGGAAUUUCUUCAUUUAUUUUGCAAGGCUGAAUGAUCUAAUGGAAUCUAAAGGUGGUAAGAAGAAGUCUAGUAGUAGUAGUAGUAGUAGUAAGAAAUCAUUGUUCUACGAAGCUCCCCUCGGUUAUAGCAUUGAAGACAUUAGGCCUCACGGUGGAAUUAAGAAAUUCAGAUCUGCUGCUUACUCCAACUGCGUGAGAAAGCCAUCCUGAGAUCUCCCAAGUUUGACAUAACCCCUUUUAGCUUUCUUAGAAUUAUCAUUGUCUUUUCUCGCAUUUCCUUUCUACUUUCCUCGUUCUCUCAUACUACUUUACUAGUGUUGUUGUUCGUUUUAAGGCAAUAUGGCCUUGUCGGUUCCUCCUAUUGGAUUUGAAGGCUAUGAAAAGAGGCUGGAGGUAUCCUUUUCUGAGCCUGGCUUCUUUGCUGAUCCUGGAGGGAUGGGCCUCCGCUCUCUGUCCAAAUCUCAACUAGAUGAGAUUCUCAAACCAGCUGAAUGCACCAUUGUCGACUCGCUUUCGAACGAUCAUGUCGACUCUUAUGUUCUUUCAGAAUCUAGCCUCUUUGUGUACCCGUACAAACUUAUGAUUAAAACUUGUGGGACUACUAAGUUGCUUCUUUCAAUCCCAGCAAUCCUAAAAUUGGCUGAUACACUAUCACUCUCGGUUUCUUCUGUGAGGUACACUCGUGGGAGCUUCAUAUUCCCCAGUGCUCAGACAUUCCCACAUCGUAGCUUCUCUGAGGAAGUAGCUGUCCUUGAUGGCCAUUUUGGCAAACUUGGUUUGGAGAGUGUGGCAUAUGUUAUGGGUAGUCCUGAUGAAACACGAAAAUGGCAUGUUUACUCUGCUGCAAUUGAUGAGAGGUGCCACUCAAGCCCUAUUUACACACUUGAAAUGUGCAUGACUGGUUUGGACAGAGAGAGAGCAUCUGUUUUCUACAAAACACACACCAGUUCAGCUGCUGUAAUGACUGAAGAUUCUGGUAUAAGGAAAAUCCUCCCACAAUCUGAGAUAUGUGAUUUUGAUUUUGAUCCAUGUGGUUACUCGAUGAAUGCUGUUGAAGGGGAUGCGAUUUCUACAAUCCAUAUCACUCCAGAAGAUGGUUUUAGCUAUGCAAGCUUUGAGUCAAUGGGUUACAACUUUGAAGAAGUGAAUUUGACUCAGCUGCUAGAAAGGGUUUUAGCUUGCUUUGAGCCGACUGAGUUCUCCAUUGCACUGCAUUCUAACAUUGUGCACGAUGAACUGAAGUUCUUUCCAGAUGUGAAGGGAUAUUCCUGUGGAGGAAGGAACUAUGAAGUGCUUGGAAAGGGUGGAUCAAUCAUCUACUACAGUUUCGAGAGGAUCAAAGGCUGUGCAUCUCCGAGGUCAAUCCUGAAAUGUUGUUGGAGCGAGGAUGAGAAGGACGAGGAAGUUGAGGAAUCGUAGUUUUAUUUUCGUAUUUUGAUUUUGCUGUUCUUACUUAAUAAAGUGCCGUGGGGUUAUAUAAUUAUGAGGGCAGUCACUGUUCUGCUUCUCUAGGCAUUGCUUCAGUUUUUCUUCUAUUGUUACUUGAGCUUGCUAGUGUUGUGUUUAUAUCUGCAUGGGCUGUGGGAUCCUAUGUUAAAUUUGUAUUCCACAACCUUAAAUGUUGCGUUUUGACGUUCAAUGAAAUAGUAUGUGCUAUA